AUGAAGUCCGAUGUAUCUAUUGGGGACAACUGGAGGUAUGGUGCUUCAACGAAGGUCCCCACUUCUACUGAGGAGAAUGAGGUAAAGAAGCUGUUGCAACACUGCAGGAAACCAUGGUUCUAUUGCUACCCGCGAGCACGUGCUCACUCAUCUCUUCUUGCAUACUAUCGAGCAAUGGGAGGUGAUGAAGUGUUGCUGCAUCAACGCCUUUGCCGCGUCGCCUCUCGUGAGAUAUUGUCGCUAGUCACAUCGUCACAGAUCACCACAGAAACGGACAACACGCACAACUCCAAGCGGAGGGACGCUCCCUUGAAUGUGCGUCUCGUUCAGCGUGUAUAUCCAUCUAGUCAGAUGCCUCUUAUCAGCGAGAGUACUGUCAGUAUGGUGGAGGCGGUGUUGAGUCAUUUGCAGCUGCCAGAAGGAAUCACUGUAUUCCUGCCAGGUUUGCUGUUGUACCCAUACUACCACUUGCUGGAACUUUUUGAUGCAUGGAAGUUGCGUGUCAUUGGUUACGAUGUUGAUUAUGUAACGAUGCGUGUGGGGGAGGAUGACUUUCGAAAAAAAAUGCGGGGAAUUGCUCUCCAUGGUUAUUGUGACAGGAAUUCAAGACAAAAGAAUUUUAACUGUGGUAGGGAGUACUCUGCAAUUGUUUUGCUUACAGGGCUUGGCGCACGCUUCUUGGCGAAUGCCGAAAACAUUGUAAAUAUCGCACGUAAAGAGUCCCGUGUUUUGACGCUGGAGCUGCAUCCCGUCACAGCGGCUUCAUUUUGGCCGGAGUUUGACGGCACAGGGCGGGCUGACGUGCACAUCACGUGUAUGGACACCGCCGGAGAAAUUGGCGGCGCAAUCGCAUUUAGCAGAGAUCCUCUGCUUGCGAGAGGUAUUUUGACGCGCCUGGAAGAGCGGCCUUUGGCUGCCGCGCGAAAGUGGUGGGUUGCACUUGCGCGUCACUUUGCUCACGAGAUGGUGUCAGAUGGCAUGAGCUUCCAGCUUGCGCUAUGUGCGAUGCGGUGGAGGUCUCUCAUAGCGAAGAAGAUUCGGCCGGAGAAACAGAAGCUAACUGCGAAGGAGGCACAGGUGCACGGGGCAGCGAGGGGGGAUGGGCGUGGCACCGUUGCGCGGGCCGACCGCAUCUUUGAGUUUCUCAUGGCCUCACAAGUGGAAGCUGCCCGUAGCGGCGCAACAAGCCAUGAAAAGAAUAACAUGAGUGCAGGAGGUAAGAAGAAGAAGGAUGAUAAUAAUAAUAGUGGUCAAGGCAGCCCGAUGCCGAUGUCAAGUGUUGAAUCUCCUAAUUCAGCUUUUUUUCGGCCUCACCGUGGACUUCUUCUUUGGAUGAUAACCGCCAUCACCUCAAUGCAGCAACGCGCUGAGGCAGACUGCAUCUCUCUCUGGGAAUUUCUCAGCCGUCUGCGUAACGAUGUGGAGGUUGUUUCGGCUGGGGAGCCGACGACCCCGCGGCGCUGUGUUGCAAGUCACUCCGACAGUUUGCUACUUCGCGUUCGGGAACCCGAGGUGGCAGCACGGGCGUUGCGCACCGUGGGGUUUGACGCCGUCCCCGCUGUUACUCGCGUCUGGGACCGUGGCAACAAGACGGGCGAGGUAUGGAAACCAGUGAUGCCGACGCUGCGUGAAAUCGUUAUUCUUUCUGACUGCCCGCAGAGCACCGAACUCGCAAAGCACGCUCUUUUCCUACCGCUGUACAGGGAGAUGCGGUGGAAAAACCGACAGAAGCUUCACCAUGUGAUGCAGAAAACAUUUCCCGCAUCACUGUUUUGUAGCCCCAGUGCGCACUUCCAACAGCAUGUGAUGAACACACCCUCCCAACACGCCUACCACUCGACGGAGGUAGAGGCACUACUGCGGUCAUGGAGGCAAUCUUGUAAAGACGUGAACGUCCUUUUUUGCAAAUCCGCAGCCCCUUCUUCUUUGGCGCUUGUGGGGCCUGUUCCUGGCUACUUGCUCUCAAGCUCUGAAAGAGAGAUAGAGAUAGAGGAAGAACAGUGCUCUC